AUGGUAGAAUCAAUCGUCUCUCUCUCUUCUGCGGUUUACCUUGAUGUAUCUAUAAAUAUGGACGACGAAGAAUAUCUUCAACCUGUUUUAACUUCUCAAGAAGAAGAUAAUUUUCAAAAAUUGGAUACCGUACCUAUUGUGUCGAUAUCACUUGUCUAUGGCGUAGCUUUAGAAAUCAUUGGAAUUGUAUUCGUUUCGGUAUGGCCCGAAGAAGAAAACAAAUGUGAUACUUAUUUCAUAUAUUUAUAUCUUCAUUGUUUAUAUUGGUUGAUAGUUAUGGUGACCGAUUAUGUUAUAAAAGCCAAGCACCAUACCUUAAGAAUUUGGGGAUAUCUUGAUUUUUAUCAAUCAACUUAUCAACAUAUAAGAACACCUCUUUUCGUAGCAUCACUGUGGAAUACGUGCUAUUUGUUGUUAGCUGUAAUUUUACAUCAUACUCAUAAAAUGAAUUAUGAAGAAUACUGCAGGGCAUCGGAAUGGUUAACGCCUGUGAAUUACAUUGUUAUCUUAACUACCUUAGAGUUUAUGGUAAUUGUUCCGGUUUAUGUGAAUUACAUUAAAAGAGUUAUUAGAUUCAAUAGGUUACGCCCGUUACCUGAUGUUAAAAGAGAGGAAUGGUUGUCGUCUUUUACCCAAGAUUCUUAUGCAAGCAGUGGUGAAAUUGGAUACCAUCACAGGGGCUCAAAUUUAGAAGAAUUGCUUGAAAAACAAGCAGACUUAAUAAGAUAUUUACGAGACCAUAAUGUUCAAUUGAGUCAUAGAAUAAUGAUAUUAGCAUCUCGCCAAAGAACUCGAGAAGUUUAGAUGAUAGAUAAUCAACAUUGAAAUCAAAAUGAGAUAACUAGGAAAUUAAAACAUAGCUUGUAAGUAUGUAAAUUUAGGCGCACGCACAAUUGAAUAUACUCAUUUAAAUUAUUGAAUAUUGAAGAUAUUUUACUUUAUUUUUUUUAUGUAUCUGGUGUUGCGUUAAAUUUAUUUAUUAGAAUAAUAAUCAAAAUUUCGUUUUUUUUUUUUUCGUUACCUUUUUGCAAAGGUUUUAUUAAUAUGUUUAAAAUGUAUCUGCAUACUUACUCAUUAGCAAUGUUUCAUGCAGAUACAUCUAGAGCGAUUAUAUAAUAGGUUUCUUAUGUUGCUUAUAUUUUUAUUUUAUUAUCAUUCUUAGAAACAUCUUGCUUACAUGCAAUUCUUGCGUAAAUUAUUAAUACAUUCAUUAACAAACUUGUGAAAAAAUAUAGAGAUAUGUAUAAGCUGCUUUUGGGUAAUAUUGAAGAUUAAAAUGUUUUUUUAUACGCUAAUUAAGAAAAUUAUGUAGUUACAAAUUCGAUAAAACUUAACAUUUUGUAGUGUUUUGCGUGGAUUUGUUAAUAUACAUAACUCUCUAAGUAUAAAAUAAUUAUACUGGAAUACUGUGAUAGAAAGUGAUGUAUGCAUUGUUUAAACGAAUAAAAUAUAAGUAUAUUUUGAAAUAUAGAACAUACAUAAUAUUGACUUUACAUAAAACAAGUUUUAUAUUGCAUUCGAAUUUGUCUAAAGGAGGAAAAAAUACUUCUUUUCUAAAUUUAAUGAUAUAAUAUUUUUUAACGUAUAUUUAAUAUCUAAUAAUUAUAUAUUUUGUAGUAAUGAUCUCUUGCCUUGCAGAAAUUGCAAAGAAAAAAAGGAAAAAAGAAAAAAAGAGAAGGUUUCACCUAAUGAAUAUAUUUGUAGCGUUUGUUUUGCUGACUGUUUAUUAAUGUAAUCGACGAACGGAAAGAUGUUACAUUUUCAUAUACUUCUUAAAAAUAUGAUAAUUUCGUUAGAAAAUUGGUGGUACAUGUGUGUAUAUAUACAUAUUUGUCUCCUUUCAAUUAUUAUCUUGUUAAGAAAAUUACAAUAUAGUAAAAACAGAUUAGUUAAAUUAUUUUUAUGCUCGUUAUUUAGUUUAUUCUCUACA